AUGAUGCUACGCUGUGUACGUGCCAAGACGCUGCAUAUUCGCGAUAUACAUGUACCCACAAGCCAUCACAAGUACAAACACUUCACUAUUUUAUCAAAUGGAAACAAACAUGGGCAAGCACGUCGUGCUGCACUUGGACUAUCCGCCGUGGCACUCACAUCCUUCGCAAGUUACUCUACGUUUACAUUUUUAGAAGCUGACAAGGUGAAACAACUUGAUGAGCCUCAGUAUCUUUCCAAUGGAGAAAAGUUUCUCUAUCCAAUGAUUCAACCAUUUAACACAGGCAUGCUUCAAGUCUCGCCAAUCCAUCAAUUAUAUUACGAAGAAUGUGGUAAUCCAUACGGCAAGCCUGUAAUUAUUAUUCACGGUGGACCAGGUGCUGGAUGCUCAAAUAAUAUGAGGCGAUAUCAUGAUCCACGUGUUUACCGUAUUAUACUAUUUGAUCAACGUGGUUCUGGACGUAGUAAACCUCAUGCAUCGCUACAAGAGAAUACAACGUGGCAUUUAGUCGAAGAUAUCGAAAAAUUACGCUGUCAUUUCAAUCUUACCAAGUGGCAAGUUUUUGGAGGAUCUUGGGGGAGUACCCUCUCGAUUACAUAUGCGAUUACUCACCCCACGCGAGUGACGGAACUUAUUUUACGUGGUAUUUUUCAUGUUCGUGAUGAAGAGAUUGCGUUUUAUUACCAGCAUGGAGCAAAUUUUCUCUAUCCGGAUCGAUGGGAAGCAUUUCGAGACGCGAUUCCUGAAUCUGAACGUGGUAAUUUAUUGAUGGCGUAUCAUAAACGUCUUACGAGUAAAGAUCCAAAGAUUCGUCUACCAGCAGCGUUAGCAUGGACGAGAUGGGAAAAAUCCACAAGCAAUUUGAUUCCUCCGUCGAAUGGAAUAAACAAUGACGAAAAGUUUGCUGAAGCUUUUGCUUGUAUUGAAAACCACUAUUUUGUCAACAAAGGUUUCUUUCCAACAAGAAAUUUUUUGAAUGAAAAUGUUGAAAAGAUUCGUCAUAUUCCAACUGUGAUUGUUCAAGGAAGAUACGACGUCGUAUGUCCGAUGAAAACAGCUUGGGAAUUUCAUAAAGCUUUUCCAGAAAGUGAUCUUCGUAUUGUGCAAACGGCUGGUCAUUCGGCUAUGGAACCAGGCAUUGCGAAGGAACUUGUUGAUGCUACCAACAAAUUCAAGGAUUUGUAA